CACAGAAAGGAGUCUUCAGGUAUGUGAGGUAUGUUCUGUGUAUUGAAAAAGGAACCAAGAAUCCCCAUCUGUUGUCAUGAAAGUAAUAUACCACUUCCUUUAAAGGUGUUAUGCAGCACAGAGGAGGCUUCAGAAACAACCAUGAAUGCCUCUGAUUACAACAUAGCAGAUGGCGAUGAUUAUGAAGAUGAGGUUUGUGAGAAAGGAGAGUUGGUCAAAUUUGGAUCAAUAGCAAUUCCUGUCUUUUUUUCUGUUGUGAUCAUACUGAGUCUCAUUGGCAACAUUCUAGUUAUGGUCAUUUUGGCCUUGUAUGAAAACCUCAAGACUCUUAACAACAUCUUGAUCCUCAAUCUUGCAAUCUCUGACCUAUUAUUCACUGCCGGACUGCCGUUCUGGGCAAUCUACCACAUCUGGGGUUGGUUCCUGGCAGACAUGCUCUGCAACAUUGUGAGCUUCAUCUUCUACACUGGAUUUUACAGCAGUGUUCUAUUGCUGACCGUUAUAACCCUCCACCGGUAUCAGGCCGUGGUCCACCCUUUGUCCAAGCAAGGCAGUCAGAAAGCCGGCUAUGCGGUUGCUGUAUCGAUAACUGUGUGGUUGGUCAGCAUAGGGGCAGCCAUGCCUUCGAUGCUCUUCAGCACUGUCGUCCCUCUCCCCCACAGAAACGGGACAACAAAUGCCUGCCAAUACAAAGACGCCGCAUGGACAAAUGUGGGCACCUAUCAACAGAACUUGAUUUUCUUUGCCGCUUUCACAGUCAUGAGUUUCUGCUAUGUAAGGAUAGUGAGGACGAUCAGGAGAACAAGGUCCAACAGGAAAAACAGGACUUUGAAAUUGAUUUUUGGUAUUGUGGCUGUGUUCUUCCUUGGUUGGAUACCAUACAAUGUCGUCAUUUUUCUGAGAAGGUUAUCUCAUCACUUGGUUCCACCAUUCGAUGAUUGCGAUGUGAGCACUAGGCUUGAUUAUGCAUUCUUUGUGUGCCGAUUUAUUGCGUACUCCCAUUGUUGUCUCAACCCAGUGUUUUACGCAUUUGUCGGCGUAAAGUUUAGGACGCAUCUAAAAUCCCUCUUGUAUCGUAAGUCCUGUGACAAAAGUAAGGUAGAAGAGGCAUCCAAUCCAUUCAUUUAAUUAGAUAAAUGGACAUAAGCUGCUUUUUAAAUACUGUUGGAUAAAUGUUGAUUUCAAUCUCACUGAUUAAUAUUAAUUUAUGAAAACUAAUACUGUUCGAGAAAAUAAUGAAACUUUAAUGAAACUAAAUACGGAUCAGUCAUACAAUUAUGAUAAAUCAAAAUGCAUUGUUCAUUGUAGAUUUUCCUUGAAUUUGAUACAGGCAUUUGCUUUUGUUUCCAAUGAUAAUAUUUACAAUUUCUCAUGGCUAUAUUGUGUUAUACAUUUGCAAUUCAUGUUGCCUGCAUUUUGAAGAUUAAUUGGAUUGUAAGAGGGGUUUAAUCUAAUAAUAAACACGUCAUAUAUUUCGAUUGAGUGCUGCAUGCAGCGCUCAACUAUUGUUCUUCAAAAGUUU